UCAAUCUGGGAUCAUUAUUUUCAUUCCAAUGAAGCAAACAAAUCGUUCAGAUACUUCUUAGACUUACCGAAGUCGGUAAUCGAAAAAUACAUACAGAAGGACAUCAAACCUAGAUUAGCAGAUAUAUAUAAAGGAAUGGGAGUAUAUGAAUUUCCAUCAUCUUCAAUUGAAGAUGGUACACAUUUUCAUUUCAACGGAGAUAUAGCUGCAGAUACAUACCACAAAACAGAUGUAGAUGUCAAACUGCUUAAGGAAUUGGGUGUUAAAGUUUAUCGUUUUUCCAUAAGUCCAAAUAGAAUCGUUCCAGUUAUGCAUGAUCAUACACCAGGAAUAGCUGGUAUAGCUUAUUAUAACAAUUUAAUUGACAAAUUAAUCGAAAAUGGAAUCACACCAAUGGUAUCAUUAUAUCACUAUGAUAUGCCGGAAUGUUUCAACAAACUUGGAGGACUGGCUAAUUCGGCUUGUUAUAAAUUUUAUCUAACUUAUGCGAGACUGUGUUUCAAAAAUUUUGGAGACAGAGUAAAAUAUUGGACAACGUUUCAAGAUGUUCAUUUAGCUGCUGAAGGAUAUGGUUCCGAACAUUUUGCUCCUGGUUAUCAAGAAUCGAUAUUUAGUGGAUAUUCAGAUUAUCUCGCGAUACAUCACUGUAUUAAUUCGCAUGCAAUGACUUAUCAAAUGUAUAAUGAAGAAUUUAGAGAAGAACAAAAAGGUAGGCUUUUAUAAACCAAUCUAUGUGUUUAUUUAUAAUAAA